GCGGCGCUUAUUUUUUCAAGUAAGAGGCGCUUUGGUUCCUUGUGCAUUCGAGUAUACGAUCACAAAACAGUCCGAGGUGGAAGCAAUAGAAGAUUAGAAGAAAGAGCGGAAUCCAAAACAAUCUGGCCCGGCAUCUCCGCAUCUGCAUCUACACUUCCAUCUGCCUGCAUCUUCAUCUGCCUCCUAGCCAUCUACCCCCCAUAUACUCCCAUCUUUAAACAAAACCGAAGAAUCAAAACAACAACAUCAACCGUGACGCAAGAAAUCCCCCAAUGUCAUUAAAGACCGGAACAGAUUUCUGGUCCCCAACCUACUGGUCAACCCGCUUCACAACAGAAACGAAUUUUGAAUGGCUCGUACCGGCUUGUACGCUUGUACCGAUUGUGAGGGAUGUUGUGUGUGAGCUUCCUCCGCCGCCGAGGAUCUGUGACUGGUUUGAGGAUGGGGGUGGGGAGGGAGGGGAGGGGGGCUGGGGAGUGGAUGGAGAAGGAGGAGAAGGAGAGGAAGGAGAAGGAGAGGAAGGAGGAGGAGAAGGAGAGGAAGAAGUGGUGAAUAUCCUUCAUCUAGGAAGCGGCACUUCCAUCCUCGGUACCCAACUCCAAACUUACCUCUCUUCCUCUUCCCCUUCCCCUGAUUCCUCUCCUCCUUCCCCCCCUCCUUCUUCCCCUUCCCCUUCCCCUUCCCCUUCCCCUUCCGCCUCCCCCUCGCCCCCUCCCCCCAAAACCCAAGCCUCAAGUAUCCCAAAAUGCCAAGUCUACGACGCAGACUACGUCCCGCUCCCCUCCUCUACCGCUCAAGAAGAAGGGAGGGUCCCGUUCUUGUUGGUUGAUGCGCUUGAUAUGGGGUCUUUGUAUGCGAGUCUGCCUCUCUCCAAAGGACGAGGGGUGGUAGGGGAUGGAGGAAGGACAGGGGGAGAGAAAGGAGAAGGUGGAGGAAGAAGAGGGGAGGGAGGGAGAAGGGGAAGGGGAAAGGGAAAGAGAAAGUGGGAUGUGGUACUAGACAAGUCGACUAUCGACGCUAUCUCUACCGGACCUCUUUUACCCCCUUCAACGUCUCAAGAAGCGCUAUCAGGGAAAGUAGGAGAAGUGGAAGAAGGGCUACCGGUAGACCCGGCGGAGAGGACGUUGUUGAAUGUUGGACGGGUGGUGAGGAAGGGUGGGAGGUGGGUGAGCGUAUCGUAUUCUUCGACGAGGUAUGAUUUCCUUCCCUUUUCCCCCUCUUCUCCUCCCACCUCCUCUUCACCUGCCACAAGCUCUGCUCCCACCUCUCUUCCCAAACUCGAUGUCAAAGAAAAGUACGGCUGGAGAGUGAUCAGGAAAGAGAUUGUCGCUAUGACUUCUCUCCCCGAAGGCCGAUUGGUGAGGGAUGGGCGUGGAGAGAGGGUGGUUUAUGAGCCGGAGACGGGGAUAUGGUUGUAUGUUCUCGAGAGGGUAUGAUCUUGUAGUUUAACAUGCAAUAGUG